AUGCCUGUCCGAAAGCCUUCGCGCUAUGGCUCCAAUUUGAGACUAGGAAAGGAUGCCUCACGCAAGCAACGAACGAAGACAAUUGACGCCUCCUCAUUGCGCACCACCGAAGCAACCUCUCAAGAUGAAAAGGUUCAAGCAACGCGGCUGGCAAACAGCAUCGACGACGCCAUGGGCUUCCCUAGGUAUGAUUCGGGCAAGAGAAGGGUGGGUUGGCUGUACAACAUGCACAGCACCUCAAUUGAGGACCCACGAGUACCAGGUGGUCGCGCGGGGGUCGACUUCUACUUUAUCGGGGAGGACGGCGAAAACUUCAAGGCGACGGUCGAAUAUGACCCAUACUUCUUGUUAGCAGUGAAGCGUGGACGCGAGGCCGAAGUCGAGGAGUGGUGCAAACGGACGUUUGAAGGACUUGUCAAGUCAAUCAACCGCAUAACCAAAGAAGACCUCCAGAUGCCGAAUCACCUCCUUGGAUACAAAAGAACAUUCCUUCAACUCACAUUUGUGAAUGUCUCAGACCUGCUCGCAGUUCGCAAGGCGCUGUUGCCUAUUGCAGAGAAGAACAAAGAGAAGGUCAAUGCCAUGGAUACGUAUGCAGAGGUUGCUAGUGCAGCAGCGGGCUUUGACGUGUAUGACGAAGACCAAGCGACCGAUGCCCGACCGAAUGGAAUUGCAGACGCCAGCGACUACGUUGUCGACAUGCGAGAAUAUGACGUUCCCUACCAUGUUCGUGUUACCAUCGACAAGGACAUCCGCAUUGGAAAAUGGUAUGCGGUCGAUGCUAAACACGGCUCAGUCUCUCUAACUUGUUUGGAGGAGCGUUUACAGCGCGCUGAUCCGGUAGUCCUUGCAUUUGAUAUUGAAACGACGAAACUGCCCCUGAAAUUUCCAGAUUCAGUCAUUGAUCAGAUCAUGAUGAUCUCGUACAUGAUUGAUGGGCAAGGCUUCCUCAUCACCAACAGAGAAAUCGUUUCGGAGGACAUUGCCGACUUCGACUACACCCCAAAGGCUGAAUAUGAAGGGCCAUUUCUCAUUUUCAACGAGCCAAACGAACGUGCCUGCAUUGAACGGUUUUUCUCUCACAUUAAGGCAGCUCGACCUACCGUGAUCGCAACAUAUAAUGGAGACUUUUUCGACUGGCCGUUUGUUGAAGCGAGAGCCGGCGUCAAUGGUAUCGACAUGUACGCUGAAAUCGGAUUCCGUAAGAACAGCGAAGAUAUCUACCAGAGUAACUACUGCGUCCACAUGGAUUGCUUCUCAUGGGUCAACAGAGACAGUUACCUGCCUCAAGGCAGUCGAGGUCUGAAAGCUGUCACGGUCGCCAAGCUAGGCUACGAUCCCGAUGAGCUCGAUCCGGAACUGAUGACCCCUUACGCAAGCGAACAUCCUCAAAUUCUUGCGGAAUACUCCGUCUCUGAUGCUGUUGCGACGUAUUAUCUCUACAUGAAAUACAUCCAUCCCUUCAUAUUUUCACUCUGUACAAUUAUUCCACUCAAUCCGGAUGAUACUUUACGAAAAGGCACGGGCACUUUGUGCGAGAUGUUGUUGAUGGUCCAGGCGUACCAGAAAAACAUUGUGCUGCCGAACAAACACAAAGAACCGAGAGAAGCUUUCUGGGAAGGCCAUCUUCUUGAGUCCGAAACGUACGUUGGCGGACACGUGGAGAGUAUUGAGGCUGGUGUUUUUCGUGCGGACAUCCCUGUCAAUUUCGCCAUCGAUACAACUGCAAUCGACGAGCUUGUGCACGAUCUUGAUGCAGCUCUGAAAUUUUGUAUUACUGUUGAAGAAAAGAAAUCACUAGACGAAGUUACGAAUUAUCAAGAAAUUCGAGCACAAAUUGUUGAAAAGUUGGAGGACCUGAAGAAUACACCCAACAGAAAUGAGCGUCCCCUAAUUUACCACUUGGACGUUGCAUCCAUGUAUCCCAACAUCAUGACUACAAAUCGCCUUCAACCUGAUUCUAUGAUUGCUGAAUCAGAUUGUGCCGCUUGCGACUUCAAUCGACCUGGUAAGACAUGUGACCGACGAUUGCCGUGGGCAUGGAGGGGCGAGUUCUUGCCUACCAAGAGAGACGAGUAUAACAUGAUACGCAGAGCGGUGGCGAAUGAGACCUUUCCGGGUAAAGGCCUCAAAGCACCCAGACGAACGUUUCAAGAACUGAGUCUGGAUGAGCAAGCUGCAAUGGUGCGAAAAAGGCUCCAAGAAUAUUCAAAGAAGAUCUACCACAAAAUCCACGAUUCAAAAACUAUCGAACGGGAAGCUAUCAUCUGCCAAAGGGAGAAUCCCUUCUAUGUCGACACUGUCCGCGACUUUCGAGAUAGGCGUUAUGACUUCAAAGGGAAGCAAAAGGUCUGGAAGGGUAAGGCAGAAGCAUUGAAAUCAUCCGGUGCACCAGCUCUGGAUAUUGAAGAAGCUAAGAAAAUGAUCGUUCUCUACGACUCUUUGCAGCUUGCACACAAGGUCAUUCUCAAUUCUUUCUAUGGCUAUGUCAUGCGAAAGGGAUCCAGAUGGUACUCUAUGGAAAUGGCUGGUGUUACUUGUCUGACUGGAGCGCACAUAAUUCAAAUGGCCCGGGAGCUUGUGGAACGAAUCGGUCGACCGUUGGAGCUAGACACCGAUGGAAUUUGGUGUAUGCUUCCGGCGACUUUCCCAGAGAAUGUUGUUUUCACAUUGAAAAACGGAAAGAGAAUGGCUAUUUCUUAUCCUUGCGUGAUGCUCAACCACCUUGUUCACGCACGGUUUACAAAUCAUCAGUACCAGAGUCUGGUGGACCCGGUCACGUUCAAAUAUGAAAUACACAGCGACAAUUCAAUCUUCUUUGAGGUUGACGGCCCUUACAAGGCGAUGAUCCUCCCAACCUCGAAGGAAGAAGACAAGAAUUUGAAGAAACGAUAUGCAGUGUUCAACCACGAUGGAAGUCUCGCCGAAUUAAAGGGGUUUGAGGUCAAGCGCAGAGGCGAGUUGAAGCUCAUCAAAAUUUUCCAGACUCAGAUUUUCAGAUUCUUUCUAGAAGGCAGCACUCUGGCGGAGACAUACGGAGCAGUGGCUCGAGUCGCAAACCGCUGGCUUGACGUCCUGCAUUCACAUGGAUCCACUCUUGCUGAUGAAGAGCUGAUUGAUUUGAUUUGCGAAAACAAGAGCAUGACCAAGACCCUCGAUGAAUAUGGAGGCCAGAAAUCGACGUCGAUUACAACCGCGAAGCGAUUAGCAGAGUUCCUGGGAGACCAGAUGAUCAAGGACAAAGGACUGAAUUGCAAGUAUAUCAUUUCAGCAAAACCCAGAAAUACACCAGUCACAGACCGAGCCAUUCCCGUUGCGAUAUUUUCAGCGGAUGACGGUGUCAAACGUUUCUUCUUGCGAAAGUGGCUCAGGGAGGACCCAUCGGAUAUGGAUCCCAGAGCCGUGAUCGACUGGGACUAUUACCUGGAGCGCCUUGGCUCUGUCAUUCAGAAGCUCAUCACAAUCCCUGCUGCUCUGCAGAAGAUCAGGAACCCUGUGCCGCGUGUUGCACAUCCAGACUGGUUGCAAAUGCGAAUUACUGCAAAGGAAGACAGAUUCAAGCAGAAGAAGAUGACGGACCUUCUCGAGAAGCGACCCAUUACUGAGCACUCCGUCAAUCUCUUGGAGCAUCAACUUCCUGCUGGUGGAGACAUCGAAGACGCCCUAAGGACUGAAAUCAAGUCUCAGACGCAAGUCACCAAACCUGCAAAACGAAAGGCCUCCGAAUCAACGAACUGUGCCCCUGUUGAUUCUCUUGCGUCUUUCCAUCAUAAUGCUCCGCCGAUUGACGACGACUAUCGAGGCUGGCUGCAGCACCAGAAAAGGAAAUGGAAGUUACAAAAGCAAGCCAAGGCGCGACGACGUCAACUUUUUGGAGAAAGACCAAACGUAGCUACAGAUUCCAUCAGCAGCUUCUUCCGCAACCAAGCGGAAAUGAUGUACACCAAUACCUGGCAUGUUCUGCAAUUACGCCAAGGAGAUUCCCCCGGCGAAGUAACAGCUUUUCUUAUCAUCGAGAAAAAGAUUCACUCCUUGAAAAUCAAAGUCCCUCGCACACUGUAUCUUAACCUUAAAGGCGAAGAGCUUCCCAAUGUGGAUAUACCAGGCUGUGAUGUCGAAAAGGUCAGCCACGUGCUACCGAAUGGCCAUCCAUCAGUCCACCUGUUUCAAUUGACGAUGCCUGAAGAGACCUACUUACGAGAAGAAGAGUCGGUAUCCUUAUUGUGCAACCAUCCCAGUGUGGAAGGCGUUUAUGAGCGUCAAUUGCCGCUUUUUAUGCGAGCCCUACUGAAACUGGGCAAUAUGUGCUCUUUCGAUGAGAGUCAGAAAGGUGUCCUUGGGAAGGGCCUUGAACAAGGCUUUGAUUUAUCGGCGCUCCUUAGGAGUGAUGCACAGUCGACGUACCUAGAAGACGCCAGCUCCCUAGGAUAUAUCUACUUGUAUCACGUUGCUGCCGGUGACCGGAAUGUAUUCGCACUCUUCUCAACCACUAAGCCAGAGGCGCAUAUCAUUCUCAUGAGUCGAAGCCGUGACACUCAGCUCCCCAAUGCCGACAAGAUAUAUGCCGAUCAAUAUCGCCAAAAAGUCCAAGAUGAAGCCCUGAUGCAAACCACCUUCGAAUAUCAACCUUGCGUAAGUUUCAAGAUUUCGCAGGUGACAACAAAAAGAAAGGCACACCUUGAGCUGGCGGAUAUAUUGAAGAAGUGGCGGUCGGACGAGGUGAAGCCAACAAUACUUCUGCUCCAGACAACUGUGCACAAGAAGCUGAUGCACGAUAUCCGAUCCGUUAGGGAUUAUCCCGUCAUAUGUCUGCCAGCAGAGCAAUCUGACAUAGAUCUCCCUUCCUUGGCUUGGCAGGGUCAUGCUAUCAAGCACUUAAUCUCUCACUAUUUCAACAUGUCCGGCUGGUUGGCGCAUCUGAUUGAGCUUGCUCGAUACGGUGAUGUACCUCUGUGCAACCUUGAGAGGGACGAUCCUCGGUUUCUCAUCGAUUUGGCCUAUGCUCGGAGGUUGAAGAGAAGCAACGUCAUUUUGUGGUGGUCUGAUCAAGCUCGCCCAGACCAUGCUGGGCAUGAGCGUGAUGAUAUUUUGGGUCCACUCACCGAAAUAGUUGAGAUGCCCUCGAUUAACAACCCAGGAGCCUACACAUCUGUAUGCGUCGAUGUAUCGGUGCAGAAUCUAGCAAUCAACACUAUAUUGACCUCAUCCAUCAUCAACGAUCAUGAAGGCUCCACAGAGUCCGCUAGCUUUAACCCGACGGCAGAAGAAGAAAAUCAGCUCAACUCCAAUACGAUCAAGUCGAAUGGAGGAUUUGCUCAAGCAGCACUGGAAGUACUCCGGGAGAUGGUCAAGUCGUGGUGGGGGGAGGCUUGUCGCGGUCAUCGACUCGCAGACGUAAUGGUUCAACAUUUAGUCCGAUGGGUCGAAGCCACUGCUUCCUGUCUUUACGAUCGACAUCUGCACUAUUAUGUGCAGAUGAUGUCAAAGAAGGCGCUGCAGCAGCUCAUCACCGAUUUCCGACGAGUGGGAUCACAUGUUGUUUUCGCGAGCCCGACACGGUUGCUUCUGCAAACGUCAAAACAAGACGUCGAAAACGCAUAUGCAUAUUCCCAGUACAUUCUCAAGUCGAUCCAACAAAAGCCGCUUUUCCAUUUCCUUGGACUCGAGGUCAAAGACUACUGGGAUAUCCUGCUUUGGUAUGACGCAUAUAACUACGGCGGUAAAGGUACCUCCACGAUGACAGAGGACACUAAUCACUUUAGUCUCGAGACUGUUGUCCACUGGCAGAUUUCACAGUUCCUCCCGCUGCCUUUGCAACCUGUUUUUGACGACUGGGUCAUUACUUUCAUCGAGUUGCUGCAGAACCUGAAAAGGCCACAAAGCUCAUCUGAGAGUAUAUCGUCCACGAUUCGGCCUACGCAAAUGGCCUCUCCGUUCGUCAGUCUGACAGGAGAUUCAACCAGCACCGAGGUCACAACCGUCCUCCAAGACCAGUUCUCCAAACCACUGAAGAGACAAAUCACGAGCUUGAUCCGUCGUCAACGGGAGGAACUAUUACAUCCCGAAUUGGCCAGCGACUGGACAUUUCCCUCUUUGCCUGGUGGUACUCUAGAAUCAAGCGACUUGCGCCAUCCUCACGAUCCAGUCCUCGAGCUAGUUAAAUCGCUCAUGCAGCUCAUCUCUUUGUCCAAGCCUCUCCAGCUUGAGGCACGGCUUCUCCGCAAAGAGCUCCUCGCCCUAUUCGACGUCCGCGAGUUUGGAAAGGAGGCCCGAUUCGAAAACCCCAGUGCGAGUUUACGCUUCGAGAAUCUGGUCUGUGACACCUGUACCAUGACUAGGGAUCUGGACCUGUGCCGUGACGAGGAUAUUCUACCUGAUGUAAAUGAAAGUGGAGAGGCAAGCAAUAAGCCUUGGACCUGCAAUAGUUGCGGGACGGAGUACAACAAAAUCGUUCUUGAGGAGAGACUCAUUGCGAAGAUUCACGCAAUAUUAUUGGCUUGGCAGACGCAGGAUAUUAAAUGCAAGAAGUGCAGUGUUUUGCAGGGUGACGACGGUGUAUUUGCCGAUCAUUGUUCAUGCGGUGGAGAGUGGGUUGCCACGGUAAACAUCAAAGACAUUAGGGAGAGAUUAAAGGUCGCGGAACGUGUAGCGGGAAUGUAUGGGCUGAGAAUGUUGAAGGCUGGUGUUGAGGAGGUCAAGAUUAUGUGUACGAUUUCAUGA